GGUUUUACCGUUCGUAUCGACCACCGUCGAGUUCACUCCUUAUUUAUUUGGAAACAUUAGUUAGGUACCUAAGUUACAUGUCAACUGUAUCUUCGUUGAAUGGCUUUGUUUUUAUGCUGUUCAAAUGGCACGUGAUGGAGGCUCGAGGUUGACGUCUGUCUGCUUUCUCGCUUCGUAUAUCUGGUUAUCAUGUUCCUUACAGAGACAUUCUUUAAUAGACCAACCGCGAUUAUCGUCGUUUUUGCUCUUAUUCAUUUCAGGCUCUGUAGCUUUCAUAGCUAGUCUGUUUUCAGAAUGGCUUCCCGGCGCAGAUGGAAGAUUUGAUUCGGAGGCGGUUCUGAAGGGAAUGCAGUCGUCCCUGCCACACCGGCCUCGUCGUCUUUAUGUUCCCUGUAUAAUAUUUCUCAUCGUAUUUCGAUUGGAGAUUGUACAUCAAGUUCUCACCAACUUUCAAUGUGCCUCUAAAGGCGUAGAGGCUUUUCUCCCUGUACUCCUAGCUGCCUAUGAGUUCCUUUCAUAUCGUGCGCCUACAGACGCAUCCGAUGAUCCUGAAGAUAUGUGGGGUAACCCGUUAGACGACUUCAAGAAUUGGCUUAUAAGCUCUCCUAUUCAUAUUCUCGCUAGUUCUAUCUUAUUGAGUUAUGGCGUUUUUAUGACAGGCGAUUUCACCUUAAGGUCCACUUACUUCUGCACUACUCAUGGCAAGACAGGCGCGUUCAUUCCGCUAUUGCAGUGGGUAGGUGUUUUCACCGAUGCUGCCAUUAUAAUUAUGUUAUGGAGGGUACUUUCGUGGGCGCGGACUACGAAGGGUCGUCUCCGAAAGCUUGGCGGAAUAUUGCUCAUGGCCGCCAUUGGUGUCUUGCUUCUGUGUCUGGAAGCACGGAUAUCUCAGCACCGCGAGAUUAUUAACCAUCAUCCUUUCAGGGGAAUCGGUUCACUCUAUUUUUUUGAUGUUUUUAGCACGGGUCUGCUUGUUUCCGCCUUCGUCAUUUCAAUGGCGCUCUGGGCUUGUGAUUCUUCUGUGAUGGAGCCUACGGCCGUCGCAACCUUCACCUCUGGUAUACUGGCUAGUGUCCAGAGCGUCACGUUAAUCGGAACGUACCAGCAGACCUCGGCAAUCCAGCCCCUAAUAGUGCUAUCUCUCAUCUCUUUUGGCUUCGUGGUUUUCACGUACGCAAACAGCAUUAGAUGGAUUGUCGUUUUCAAGCGAGUGAUCCUCUUGUGCACGCUUCUUUGUAUUCUAUUCGCAUCAUCCAUAUAUGCUUCUUUUAAGGACGGACAACUGAAUAGGCACCCUGUCGACGAGUUCGUUUAUAGGAGAAGGGUGGAAGCAGAUCGCUGGCUUCGACACGCAACAGUUAGCACUACACUGAAGCUCGCUGUCGAAGAAUAUAAAGAGCGCCAUCAGGGGCGUGACCCGCCGCCAAACUUCGACAAGUGGUUCGAAUACGCACAGCAACGAAGGUCGAUUAUCAUCGAUAAAUAUGAUCAGAUAGAGAAAGAUCUCCGGCCUUUCUGGGGCAUGAAGCCACAAAAGAUCCAAGAAGGGCUAGAAAAGGUGUACGAGCUACCGGAUAUUGCGAUUAUUAAAAUUGCUGAUGGCAAAGUAUCUCAUAACCUGCCCGCCCAGUCAUCACAGUUGCCGGUGUUAGACUAUGCUGUUUCGAUGAUUUCAACAUUCGUUGGACACCUCCCUCCCAUGUCGAUUGCCAUAAAUCUUAAUGAACGGCCGAGGAUCUUAGUUCCUUGGGAUGAUGUGCAUAGAUUAACUAUGGCAGGAAGUAGGGGCCGAUUUCGACUUCUUCCUCGUCGUCCGCAUAAGCGUGGAGAGGACUAUAAUCUGGAAAAGAGGAGUCCCAUCGAUGCAGCCAAGGUUGCUCCCGGGUCGGAUACCCAAAGAUACGUAUCUCCAACGAAAUUUCGACAACUUGAAGUCUUGGCCUGCCCGCCUGGUUCGGCUGCCCGUGGGGGCGUACAUUGGGAUGUGAGGGAUUUCUGUCCUUCGUGCGUGAAACCUCACUCCCAAGGCCAAUUUGUGGAAGACUGGGAGAUGUAUCUCGACCCGUGUCACCAGCCGGAUAUAUUCAACCUCCACGACUUUCACACGACCCCCCAUCUCUACGACUUACACCAAGAUCUUUUACCGAUAUUCAGCAAAUCGAAGACGGAUGGGUUUAACGAUAUACUCUUUCCGCUUAUAGGCCCAAAUUUGAUCGGGGCAGACGAUGUAGGGUUUGAAAAGAAGAAGGACAUUGUCUUCUGGCAGGGGGACGCUAGCGACUCGCGGGUCAUAACGACUUCUUCACUUUUUGGCGGACAGCGACAUCGGUUGGUCCAUCUCGCAAACAACGCGAGUGCCAACGAUGCGAUAUCCAUGCUCAUUGGCGACAUGGUCAAGGGGAAAGAUACAUUUCGGUAUGAAAAGACGUUGCUAGAAGAGGCUAACGGGCCUCUGCCUUUCCAGUUUUCCUUCACGGAUGACGGAUCCUGUACGGAUGCAAAACAUUGCGAGCUCCUACGAAGAGAAUUCGGGUUCAAGGAACCAGCCAAGGCAUUCGAUAACCGAUAUAUUAUAGUACUUGAUACUGCGGAUGGGCCGUCACCUAACCUGCUCCCGAUUCUUCGAUCCAAUAGCGUGCCGGUCUUGUCAACCAUCUUCCGCGAAUGGUAUACGGAGCGGUUGUUGCCGUGGGUGCAUUUUGUACCGGUCGACCUACGAUACCACGGGCUUCAUAGCACGUUGGCGUACUUUAUCGGGCUGAAGAAUCGAGGGCCGAUAAAUGGGCGAUCGCGACUUACUCAGGGGCGGUUGGAGGACGCGCGCUGGAUCGCGGAGGAGGGCCGCAAGUGGGCUGAUAAAGCGAUCAGAAGGGAGGAUAUGGAAGUGUAUAUGUUCCGGCUGCUGCUGGAAUGGGGACGGGUUAUUAACGAGGAUAGGGACAAUUUGGGUUUUGUAUUGUAAGAAUGACGGCGGGCUACGAUGAGAAUAGAUAGAAUAAUAUAAUGACAAUUAGAGUAUGUUUUUUGUUUUUAUCAUUAUUUAUUAUUACUUAUUAUUAUUUAUUAUUAUUAUUUUUUAAACAUGAUCAUAUGAAAAUGAGGAUAAAGUGAGUAUUUACUAAGAAGGUAAUGAUGUUGCUGAUGGAACUUGUGUCGGGUUGAGGUACCUAGGUGUG